GUUCCCAGGGACACAGACAGAUGUAUUUAUUCAUCGUAUCGUUCCAGUUGAAAACUAGUCUUUUAUCAAAAGUUUAUUUGGUCACGACAUUGCUUAAAUAACGUCGAUCAUGAAUAUUGUAGAUAGAAUAAAGAAUUAUCCAACACAUAUGGAUUUCGAGGGUCAAAAAUUAGCAGAGAAGUUAUUUCAUAUUAUAAUCCUUGCAUUUGGUAUUGUAGGUUUUAUCUGGGGAUAUUGGAUUCAACAGUUUGGAGCAACAGUUUUGUUUCUGUUUGCUGGCUUCCUCGUUAGCUGUUUGGUUGUUCUUCCUCCUUGGCCAUGUUUUCAAAGACACUCUCUUGACUGGCAGAAACCMCGUCCACAAAAACAAUUAACCGAUAAAAAGGAUGAAAAAGCAGGAAAAAGGAAACAGAAAUCUAGCUAGAGAAUGAUCAUUUCACUAUAUUAUUUAUGCACUUUAAAACCAUUUUUUUUUUGUUAUUGCUAAAGAUGU